AGAAGGGGAGUGCAAGGGUACGCGCCAUACUCCAUCCCGUGGCAGCAUCCGAUUGCGUUGGACUAUCUGUCGGUUAUCUCUCGUUCAAGCAGGUCGCCUUGAAUCAGGUGCGCUUUGCGACGCGAAAGAUCUGCCAAGACGGUAUGGAUAUCAUAUCUUGCCAAAGAGAUAAGUAAAAUAAAACGUCUUGAAUCUCAAACGAAGAUAAUUGCAUCAGGAACAUUUUGAACUUGACUCCAAUUUGCUGGGAUAACUGUGCCACUUGAGCAGUGUUUGCGUUAAACAGGUUGCUAACUACCGCCUGUGUACGCGGCUUAUUUUUGGAGGGCUAUGUGCUGAUGCGGAAUAACUACACGGGACCCAUCAGUCCUCAGGAGUAGAAGGUGCGCCGCUGAUCACCUGAUUCCAUUUGGAGAGGCGCAUCCACCGACCACCGCAGUCCGCGCAUGAAACGGUGCAUUUCUUCGAAUGGAAAGUUAAAUGUCCACAAAAACGGACUUCCUGAUCCGUGAAAGCGGUGUCAGUCACAUUUGACUGCUGCCGUUCUCCUUCCCUCAACUGCUGUCAUUUCGAUGGGAAAGAUAUUUUUUUUAAACCAGCCUUCCCCCGGAGCUGUGCUAUGAUCAACACGGAUAUCGUUUUAUUGGAGUUAAUGAACAUCUCCUGUCCAUGCGAGUAUAGAGAGGAUGCUGUGUGACCGCAACAUUCGAUAGCAGGCAUCCCACACACUCAGAUCCGCGGGAGAAGAGGGUCGUGCCUGGCUGCUUCUUGGCUGCAAAUGCAUGGUUUCACCAGACCAAUUCUCUGAUCACAUUGCAUGGCAAUCACUAUUUGAAUACACAGAGGCUGGAAGCAUAAUUAUAUCAUCAUCAUGGACUUGAAGGAUUUUUAUCUGUUGGCUGCACUAGUAACCUGCUUUUGGCUGGAUCCAGCCAUAGCACAAGAACUCAUCUAUCCCAUUCGAGAGGAGUUGCAAGAGAAUGUGCUCAUUGGAAACAUACCAAAGGACUUGAACAUCUCCCACACAAAUCCGACCACUGGAGCCAGUGCAAAUCUGGUCUACCGGUUGGUGUCGAAAGCAGGUGACAAUCCCCUGCUCAGAGUAGUGAGCAACACGGGAGAGAUCUUCACCACCUCAAACCGCAUAGACCGCGAGAAGCUCUGCCCUGGCUCGUCCUAUGAGGAAAGCGAGUGCUCGUUUGAGAUCGAAGUGGUCAUUCUUCCCAACGACUACUUCAGGCUGAUCAAGAUCAAGAUUGUUGUCAAGGACACCAACGACAAUGCACCCAUGUUCCCGUCGCCGGUGAUCAACAUCUCCAUUCCGGAGAACACGCUGAUCAACAGCCGUUUUGCCAUCCCUUCCGCCACGGACCCCGACACCGGACCUAACAGCGUGCACAAGUACGAGCUGGUGAACGGCCAGAGUGCCUUCGGGCUGGACAUAGUGGAGACGCCCGAGGGGGAGAAGUGGCCACAGCUGAUCGUGCAGCAGAAUCUGGACAGGGAACAGAAGGACACGUACGUCAUGAAAAUCAAAGUGGAGGAUGGAGGCAAUCCCCAGAAGUCAAGCACAGCCAUCCUCCAGGUGACAGUAACUGAUGUCAAUGACAACCGGCCAGUGUUCAAGGAGAGUCAAAUUGAGGUCCAUAUUCCAGAGAACUCCCCCAUCGGGACCUCUGUGAUCCAGCUCCAAGCCACUGAUGCAGAUAUUGGUGCCAAUGCUGAGAUCAGGUAUAUGUUCGGCACUCAGGUGUCUCCAGCCACUAAACGACUCUUUGCACUGAAUUCGACCUCAGGCCUUAUAACAGUGCAGAGACCACUGGACCGAGAAGAGACAGCCAUCCAUAAGCUAUCCGUGUUGGCGAGUGAUGGAAGCUCAAGUCCAGCCAGGGCUACAGUGACCAUCAAUGUGACUGACGUCAAUGACAACCCCCCGAACAUUGACCUCCGAUACAUCAUUAGUCCCAUCAAUGGCACUGUUCGCCUGUCAGAGAAAGACCCUAUUAACACAAAGAUUGCCCUCAUUACCGUGUCAGACAAGGAUACAGACGUAAAUGGCAAAGUCAUCUGCUUCAUUGAAAAAGAUGUUCCGUUCCACCUCAAAGCUGUCUAUGACAACCAGUACUUGUUAGAGACCUCUGCUUUGCUGGACUAUGAGGGCACGAAAGAGUACAACUUCAAAAUUGUGGCGUCUGACUCGGGCAAGCCGAGCUUAAAUCAAACAAACCUGGUGAGGGUGAGGAUAGAGGACGAGAAUGACAACCCGCCUAUCUUCAGCCAACCUGUUAUUGAGCUGACCGUGAAGGAGAAUAACAAACGGGACUUAUUUCUCACCACCAUCAGUGCCACUGAUGAGGACAGUGGGAAAAACGCCGAGAUUGUUUACCAGCUUGGUCCAAAUGCAUCCUUCUUUGACCUGGACCGCAAAACAGGUCAGCUGACCGCGUCCAGGGUGUUUGACCGCGAGGACCAAGAGCGGUUUCUCUUCACCGUCACGGCGCGAGACAACGGGACCCCUCCGCUGCAGAGCCAGGCUGCAGUGAUCGUUACCGUGCUGGAUGAGAACGACAACAGCCCCAAAUUCACCCACAACCACUUCCAGUUCUUCGUCUCAGAGAACCUGCCCAAGUACAGCACUGUGGGGGUGAUCACCGUGACGGACGCAGACGCUGGGGAGAAUGCAGCGGUGUCCCUCUCCAUCCUCAACGACAAUGAAAACUUCAUCCUGGACCCAUACAGUGGAGUUAUCAAAUCCAACGUGUCUUUUGACCGCGAGCAGCAGAGCUCGUAUACGUUUGACGUGAGGGCCGUGGAUAACGGCCGUCCUCCGUGCUCCUCGGCCGCCAAAGUGACCAUCAACGUCAUUGACGUCAACGACAACGUGCCCGUUGUGCUGUCCCCGCAGUCCAACACAUCGUUCAAACUGGUGCCUCUCUCGGCCAUCCCGGGAUCGGUGGUGGCUGAGGUGUUUGCCGUAGAUGGGGAUACGGGCAUGAACGCAGAGCUCAAGUACACCAUCGUCAGUGGUAACAACAAGGGGCUGUUCCGAAUUGACCCGGUGACAGGAAACAUCACUUUGGAGGAAAAGCCCUCCGUGUUAGACAUUGGCCUUCACAGGCUGGUGGUCAAUAUUAGUGACCUGGGCUACCCACGUUCCUUACACACGCUGGUCUUAGUUUUCCUCUAUGUGAAUGACACAGUAGGAAAUUCCAGUUAUAUAUAUGAGCUCAUCCGACGUAAAAUUGAGACCCCCAUCGACCGGUCCAUUGUGGAUACUAGUGAGACUUACCAGAGUGGGGACUACCUGACAAUCAUGAUAGCCAUCGUAGCAGGGGCCAUGGUGGUGAUCGUGGUCAUCUUUGUCACUAUCCUGGUGCGCUGCCGGCACGCGUCACGCUUCAAGGCGGCUCAGCGCAAGAAACAAGGCGCUGAGUGGAUGUCCCCCAACACAGAAAACAAACAGAACAAGAAGAAAAAGCGCAAGAAGAGGAAGUCGCCUAAGAGCUCCCUGCUGAACUUUGUCACCAUCGAGGAGAACAAACCGGACGACCCCGCUCACGAGCCCAUCAACGGCACCAUCAGCCUCCCGGCCGAGCUCGAGGAGCCAGGCAUCGGCCGCUUCGACUGGAACACCGCCCCCACCACCACCUUCAAGCCCAGCAGCCCCGACCUGGCCCGGCACUACAAGUCUGCCUCGCCACAGUCCGCCUUCCACCUCAAGGCGGACACGCCAGUGUCGGUCAAGAAGCACCACGUCAUCCAGGAGCUGCCGCUGGACAACACCUUCGUCGGCGGCUGUGACACGCUCUCCAAGCGCUCCUCCACGAGCUCGGACCACUUCAGUGCCUCGGAAUGCAGCUCCCAAGGAGGUUUCAAGACAAAGGGCCCAUUGCACAACAGACAGGGGACGUUAACCCGCGCCCGUACCGAACUCAACCCUGAGUAUCUGGACCUCCGCUCCCGGGCUGAGCUCAACCCCGAGUACUGGACCCCCUGCACCCCCUUAUCGCAACGUCGUGUCACGUUUCACCUGCCUGACGGUUCCCAGGAAAGCUGCAGUGACAGUGGCCUAGGGGACCACGAGCCUGUGAGCAGUGCCCCUAUCCUGCCCUCACACCCUCUCCCUUUGGUGCAGGCUCAGGAGCAGUUCUACGAGCAGGCCUCCCCCGACAAGAGAACCGAAGCCGAUGGCAACUCUGACCCCAACUCUGACGGGCCCCUCGGACCACGCGGACUAGUGGAAGCCACAGAGAUGUGCACCCAGGAGUGCCUGGUCCUAGGCCACUCUGACAACUGCUGGAUGCCCCCAAGCCUUGGCUCCUUCCAGUCACCCAAGUCACCUGUCUCCACCUUCGCCCAUGAGAAGGACUGGUCCAAAGACAAGCUCCUCAAUGGCCAUACCCUUACCCGCAGCUGGAAGACCGAGGGGGGCCGGGACCAGUUCGGUGGAGAGCGCAAGCAGUUUGGCAGCUCGGAGGGACACUUCAACAGCAGCGCGCACAUGGCGGACAUCCCGCUGGCCAGCCUGAAGUCCUACCAGCCAACCUGUGGCCCUGACAGCCCUAAGGAACAGCAGCUAUAAAGGCGGACCCCUCUCCGCGGGGACCCGACUCUCGCCGGCUGUCUUGUCGAUGUAGAUCUAUAGCAUUUUUGAUUUUUGUUUCUUUUCCAUUUUUGGAGUUCUUAAUUGUUUUCUUACUUUCCCCCGUGUCUUUCUUGAUUUUCUCCUACUUUUAAUUCAGGUGGACGCUACCCGCUCUGUGAUAGUCGCGUGUGUGGAAUUUUAGACUGCUAAGUUAGAAUUGUGCUUGCGCCGGAAAGUAUACUAUGCGACUUCUUCAUCGAUGGUACCACUGACCUUUCCUCUCCUGGGUUUGAAAUUUUUGCAUUUCCGUGAUUCUUCUCUAUGAAACUCAAGGGAUUUGCUGCAACAUUUAAACUCACAAGUAUAUUGGUACCUUGUGUGUACCUCACUAUGGACAUGGAUUGGAAGGCUCUACAGUAAAAAUCAUGACAAACUGAAGAUGGGAUAUUCAUAUAUUAAACAGUUAAAAAAUAUAUGGCUGACCAAUAUAUACAAAUAUUGUGAUGUGGUUGUACUUGAGCUGUUUUGAGGACUAUAUUAAUCUACACUGUCAAAGAAAAUUGGAAUUACAAUUACGAGAGCAUUGUACUAAUUACACUGUUAGUGGACACUUGUUUAGUCUGUCAUUGUUGGUGUGUUUGUAAAUAGGACUUGAUACUAACCAGUUUUAUGUACUUGUAAUAUUCACAUGGAAUAGAUCAUUGCUGUCGUUAAUUAUUUGUCCCUUUCUUUUUUUUUUUUAAAUGCCUUGUUUGGUUUAAGUCUAUUGGGUUUCCUAUUGGUGUCAAAAAGCCAGAAGAGACUGUGUGAUUAAACAGAUUUUCCUUUCCUGACAGAAAAAAAACUAAAAGAAGUCUUGUGAAUGAAGAACACAGAUUAUGAAUCAUGAAAUUGCACAAUACUGUUCAAAUCUGCAUACCAUCAACUAUGGCAACAAACCUGGCAAACUUAUUUUUUCAAACUAUUUUGUAUUAUUGAUGUAUAAGCUCGAUUUCUACUUACGGCAAAAGAAAAGCGUGAUGUCUUUUCCUCUAAACAAACAAAAAAGGCAAAAUGAUGUAACAGUUCAACAGCAAUAUAUUUGUAAAUGGCUAAAUAUUUUAUUUAACUUAAAAAAAAAAAUCACUAUUGUAAAGGUUAAAUCAGUCAUGUCAUUGAAGUUAAAUUAGUGUUUGCGACCUACAAAUUAGAAUUUUUCAAUCAUCCAUGUUCAUUCUGUCCAGUCUGCUAUGUGAGGAAGAGUUGGUGUAUACUCGCGAUCUCAUAUGCUGUGCCUUCAUGACCAGAUUCCAAGCAUUCCACUGAUCAGAGGACCCAUGCUGGUGAGCAGGCAGCCCUCAGUGGUGGCUUCUUGUGCCAUUCACAGUGAAUGUUUGGCACAAACCAACACAUUUCUCACCAGGAAAACACAAAAGAAGAAAAAUAUCAAAGAAAAAAAAAAGAAAGAAAGAAAAUCCAUGACUGAGAUAACUGACACAAUCACACACACACACACACACACACACACACACACACACACACACACACAUAGACAGACACACAUGGUCCAAAACGCAUGUGAAUAAAAUAAGUCAAGCAU